UUAUCAAGAUGAUACAUUUUCCGUGGGUUUUAACCGUUAAAAUGUUAAAGUAACUAGUUACAAGGCUACUUACGUUCAACGACAAGGGCAAGCACUGCCAAGAUACUCCAGAUCGGUUUACGCAAGUCCAUUGAUGCGAGAGAUGCAACUGCAUGCACUCUGAGCCAGUCAAGAGUCUAGUCGAGGAGCACUUGUGUGGACAGACCAGCCCCGGAGAUUCUGAGGAAAGAUGACUUUCUACGAUGGCAUUUACCCAUUCUACCCUCUACAAAGAACCUCCUUUAUCUUCAGCACCCACCUCCUCACCAUUAUCCUGGUCUUCCUGGUCCUCACGGUCAGCUUCCUUCUUAUUCUGCCAGGUAUCAGAGGCAAGUCGAGACUAUUCUGGAUGUUCAGAAUCAUCAUCAGUUUAUUCAUAGGCAUUGUGAUAGUGGCACUGAAUUUCACCAGCGACUGGGCUGAGGCCCGAGCCAUCACCAACACCACCUACAAGUCCUUCAGCAGUGAGGAGGUGAACGCUGAAGUGGGACUGCACAUAGGACUGUAUGGUAUUAACAUUACUUUAAAAGGGAAUCCUGUGAAUCAACUCAACGAGACCAUAAACUACAACGAGAUGUUUGCGUGGAAAGACACCAUCGAUGAGGAGUACGGGAACGCCUUAGAGAGAGGUCUACCUAACCCCAUCCUCUAUAUCGCUGAGAAGUUUACCCUCAACAACCCCUGUGGCCUCAUCUACCAGUAUAGAUACUCUGGGCGCUACGCCUCGGCCACCCUCUGGACAGCGUUCUGCUGCUGGCUGGUAGCCAACGUGCUGUUCUCCAUGCCUGUCAUCCUGUACGCCGGCUACAUGAUGGUGGUCACCGCCACUUUCAUUUUCUUCUCCAUGGCCUCCUUCUCCACCAUCAUGAACCUGCCUACCUGUCUGUUCACCAUAGGCACCUCUGGGGCCUUCCAGACAGAGUACAGCGGUUCUUUCUGGCUGGCGCUGGCCACAGGUGUGCUGUGUUUAAUCAUUGGAGUCCUGGUGGUUCUGCUGGACUGCCUGAUCCCUGGGAAGAUACGAGACACCUUCAGUGUCGGGGUGGACAACGACGAAGAUGAGGAUGUUUAUUUUGGAGAGGGAUACCUGAACUCCAACUUCCUGGCAGGAGUAACCACCACACCUUUGACAACCUUAGUGCUUCCUACAGAUGAAAUUCAGAAAGUCAGCCGCCAACUAUCACUCCAGGAGCUGUCAGUCAGACUGUAACAGAGUCGGAUUUAUAACCUCCUAUCCCCUGCUUGAAAUGUCUCCACCCGCGCUAUCGAAUCGCUAGCUUUUUGGCAGCGUAGUUGGCUAAGACGUUGUCAAGGAGGGGGAUCAAGUGUGUUUGCGGGGCAGAGGAAGGAAGUGGUAUGGCUAAGCUAGCACAGUGAGGAAGUAGUAUGGCUAAGCUAGCACGGUGAGCUAGGAAGUGGUAUGGCUAAGCUAGCACAGUGAGGAAGUUGUAUGGCUAAGCUAGCACGGUGAGCUAGGAAGUGGUAUGGCUAAGCUAGCACAGUGAGGAAGUAGUAUGGCUAAGCUAGCACGCACGGUGAGGAAGUGGUAUGGCUAAGCUAGCACUAUCACAAGCACAGUGACAUCUGUGUCGGUCACGCCAAACAAUAUUCUCUCAACUUGAAAAUCAAUUAUCAUUGCAGUUACCAAGAAAAAUGUGUUUAACUUUGUGCAUUAGUUGUGAAUAUCUCUGGGAGCCCUUUAAACCUACUGUACAGUAUAUUUAGUUAUGUAAAUCAUGUAUAUACGUAUAACGUGUUCUACUGUGUCAAUGCCAUAAUUGGUUAAUAUGUACUGUAUAUGUGUUGUAUCUGUGCCAUUUUCCAUGUUCCAGUAGCAUAACAAAAAUUAAACAAACGUGUGUGUGAGAUUCACAUACUUUUAAUGGACA